UAAAUAAAAUAAUUAUUGUAUAAUUAAUAUUUAUUAAUAAUUUUCAUAUUUCAUUUUUAUUUAAAAUACUAAUAUCUCAAAUUUCUAUCAUCUUGAUUAAUGAAAACCUGUAGACUCUGUAGACUAAAUAUUUUCUUUAAUAUUGUUAACGUUUAGCACAUUUUAUAUUUUUACCUAGAUAUGUUGCAUAGAAAGGAUUGUAUGAAAACCUUGCCUCUGUUAGAAGGAGCAAAACUGAUCGUCAUAGAUGAAGGAUUAGAGGCAAUAUAUGCAAGAAUGUUGAUAGCUGGUUGGAUGCAUACAUGGUCAGAAAAAGAUCCUAACUAUGAUGUCCAUCUAUUAUCAUUUUGCAAUACAAGACUUUGGUAUAAUGACGAACCAAAACCGUUUAUGUCUAAGAAUAUGCAGUUACAUGAUUAUUACAGCUUUAUCAAUUUUGAUGAAGUAGUAAAUAAAGAUUUAGAAAAUCUCACACAUAUUCUUCAGACUUUCACUUCAUCCAACAUAGUUAUUGUUGAUUGCUUGAGCAGCUUGGCUUUAUAUGUUGGUUUAGCAAAAUCUCUGUGGUUCAUAGAAAAGUUAAGCAAACAAGUGUCACAAUUGAUUUGCAUUUAUAAAAGGGAUUUUAUGCAAACCAAUAUUCCUGCUAUCGAGACAUUGGGCACUACUUAUGUAAAAUUAGAGAAAUGCGUUGGAAUUAGCGUAACAAACAAUUUAGUGUAUAGCACAACACUUGUUCACAGAAAGCCAGGUGGCUCGUUAUUGUGUCAAAAAGAAAUAAUAACUCAGAACAAUAUAACUUAUCAAAUCAUUAGUGGAAGCAUCAUCACACCGAUUGAUCACGAGGAUCAAACUAAUAUAAACCAACCAGUGAAAAUUGAAUCAUCAUUUAGGAUAGAAAUGAAUGCUCAGGAGAUGGAGCAAAGAGAUAGAACACCUUUACCUUACAUGAUGAAUGCAGCAAGUACAUCCAAGAUACAUUAUCAGCCAGAUGAUGUAGACGACAUAGAUGAAGAUGAUCCUGAUGAUGAUUUAUGUAUAUAAAUUGACUAAAAUGAAACAUUUAUAAAAAUUUCUUGUUAUAUAUUUUAUAUGUAUUACAUAAAAUUAUCUCUGAACUUUA